UGGGGUCCUUCCAAGCGCACCCUUUCAAGAUGGCAGCCAACAGUAGCAGCACGGCUGGCAAAUCCAGCAACAGCGCCGGUGGAAAACAGUCGGGCCCGUCAGCCGAACAGGUGGUGGCGACAUUUCAGAGGAUGCGCCAGGAGCAGCGCAGUAUGGCUUCUAAAUCAGCAGAGUUGGAGAUGGAGAUCAACGAGCACAGCUUAGUAAUUGACACCCUGAGGGAAGUGGAUCCUUCGAGGAAAUGCUUUCGUCUAGUAGGAGGAGUGUUGGUGGAGAGGACGGUAAAAGAAGUUCUACCAGCCUUGGAAACCAACAAAGAACAGAUUUCCAAAAUAAUCGAGUCCAUCAACACACAGAUGCAGACUAAAGGACGGGAGCUCACAGAGUACAGGGAACGCUACAACAUCCGGUUGGUGGGAGAGGGCGAAGGAGAGGCACAAGGCCAGUCGGCAGCAUCUUCCAGGGACAGCGAAGGAGGCGGUCCUAAAAGCGGAGCUGGUGUUUUAGUGUCGUAGUUUGUAAUAAUAGAGGGCGAACUUAGGGCCUUAUGAUUUCCACAGUACUGAAAAUAGAGUUGGAGUCACACAAUCUAGGUUUCAAAAUGGAACUUUUUUUUUUUUGUUCUGCUGAACAUAUUGGUCUUGGUAUUGAAGUACUUUGCAACAGGCAAACUCACUAUACGUACUGUUCUGCUUGCAUAUGUGAAUGCUAGUGUGUGUAAAACAUUAAGGGUGUUUGUCCUACAUCUGCCUUUCAGUGAAGCUGACUUUUUUUUUUUUUUUUUUUUUUUUUUUUUUUUUUUAUGUGGCAUAAAUUAAACCAUUCAAUUCUAAGCACUUGUCAUUUACACAUGAGCAAGUAAAUAUUUUAUUGCCUCAGAUUACAGAAACUUUUUUUCCACACGUAAGAUAAUUUAAAAUAUAAUUGGCAAGGUGCUGGUUUAAGUAAAAAAAAAAAAAAAAAAAAAAAAAAACUAGAUUACAGUGCAUUUUUAAGUAAACACGCUUUUGCCUUUUGAAACUUUUGGAUUUUGGACUAACUAUUUAGAAAUUAUAAAGCUGAUUUCAUAGGGCCCUAAAAUAGGUUGAAUUUUACAUAAGUCACUCUUGCCAAGGCAGAACAGAUCCUGGAAGGCAUUUUGACAUGUCAUGAGCAUGAACAAGAUAUUACACUGUAAACAUGUCACUAUAGAUGAAAAUGAAUGUGUCAGCUUUAGUCACCCUUUUUUUUAUGAAACAUGUUAUCACAACUCAUAAUUGUCUCCACAAGCCAUGCACAGAACGGCUGCUGACUUAUAUUCAUCAUAUGAGGUCAGUUAUUCUUCUGUGGUUAUUAAAGCUCACUUUAUGAUGUCAGUGAGUGACAAGAAGUCAGUGCUACCACAACCUUAAUAAAGCCCUGUCAUUGAAAACACAAUAAAAGUUGUCAUUUUCUUUCUGAUCUGUAGUGCAUGUUUGAGCUGGGUUAAAUUAAUUUGUUAACGCAGUCUAAAUUGAGGAAACGCAGCCUAGGACCUGAUGUGGGCUGUCUGCACUGUUCAUGUAGUUGUAAAGACAAACAUUUUUUUGUUAAUUGUCAUGAAUGAAAGAAUGUCACAACUGUGCUUUUUUUUUGUAUAGUGUCUUAAAUCCUUGUUACUGUAUGCCACAAAUCCCUUACUGACAUCACCAAUAACUUUUUUUAGGAGGUUAAACCUAUUCAAGCUGUAUCCCAUGCAUGUCUGUGGUAGAUUUCAUGUUAAGACUGCAAAAAUGUAAUGAGACCUGCGGAUUGCAAAUAAUGCAGUCAAAUUAAAUUGGGGUUGACUGAU